GCCAACUUAAAUCCCCAUUACAGAAGACUCAAAGCUCGGAACUUGUUGAGGACAUCAUUGAUGACAUUGAUGACCCACGAAACGGGCUGCUUGUCAAUGCGAUAUUAUGUGGAGUCCUUGGCCAGCGCGCUGCCAUUCUUCCGGUAUGGAUUUACUCGUCAUCGGGGUUCGGCUCGUCACCUGUGGCUCACCUCAACAGACCCCAAAUUUUAUAAUGAAGACCACAGAUGUGGUCACCGGGACUGCGCCGGAUGCCCCUCGCUGGACCUUGCAUUUCUUUGUGGAACCUAAUACUCCGGGGACACUAUGCCAUAAUAUCCCACCUGGUAGAGCCCUCCGCGUACCUCCUAAUGAGCGUGAUACUUGGCCACCUCAAUGUCUGUUCGUGGCUGUCUACGCCUCGGCACUACUCACAACAUGGCCUGCGUGGGAUCUUUUGGAGCAGGUGAGAACGUACUGGUCGAACUCGUUCUGGCGCAGAGGAGAGUCGCAGUGACAAAAUAUUUGUACUGUAUUAUCCUUGACCGACUCGAAUAAGGAAGGGUCGUUUGGCGUUUGUAAUGCCUUUUCCUUCCACU